AAAGUGUGCGCCCUCUAUCAGCGUAGGUGUAACAUCACAUUCGAUCGUGAUGGCAGAUGCUGGAGACUUCGACAGAAGUGACGCGGAAAGCGAUGGUGAAAUUCGGGGAUCUGACAAUGAAGAGGAGGAAUUUGGGUCUGAAGAUGAAGAACAGGUAGCCGCUGGGUCAGGCAGUGAAGGAGAGGUCCAAUCUGAAGAGGAUGAGGGACAUGGGGAGAUGGAAGAAGAAAUGGAGGAAAUAGAACAUGAAGAAGAAGAAGUAGAUGAAGGAGAGAUAUUGGAAGAGGAAGAAGAGAUUCAAUCUCCAGAUGAAGCUCAGCAAGAACAAGAGGGAGAACAAGAAGAGUAUGAAGAAUAUGAAUCAGAGCAAGAGGCUGUUUCAGAGCAAGAAGAAGCAGAGGGAGAAGAAGCAGGGGAAGAAGAUGGCCACUAUGAAGCUGAAGAACAUGAGAGGGAAGAAUAUGAAGCUUUAGAAGAAGAGCAGGAGGAAGGCGAGGUUCAGGAGGAGGAGGAAGAAGAAGGAGAAUAUGAAGAAAUGGUGGAUGGUGAAGGAGAGGAAGGAGAAGAGAUGUUAGAAGAGGAGGAAGAGGCGGGAGAGGAGCAUGAAGAAAGAGAAGAAGGGUCGGAACAGGAAGUUGAGGAACAGCAAGAAGAAGAAGAAGAGAUGGAAGCUGAGGACAAUGAAGGCAGGCAGUCUAUGGAUGAGGAAGCACACUUUCAUGGAGAAGGUGAAGAGGAAGGUGUUCAGUCACAGGAGGUAUCAGAGAAAGAAGAAGAUGAUGAAGAUGAGGAUAGACUAGUUAUCAGUCAAGAUGAAGAGGAAGAAGGUGAUGGAGAAAGAGAGCAGGAGCACAGGGAUGAAGAAGAAGAAGAAGAGACCACAAGGCAACAGGAUUCAGAUGAUGGGAGUGACAGUGAUGACAACAUAGGUAGGAAACCAAAGAAGAAGGUUGUGGUUGGCAGUGAUGAUGAAGAUGCUGAACAAGCAAAGGAUUCUGAUGAUGAAGAUGCACCAGGUGUUGAAGCAACUCAAGAAGAUUUAUUUGGUGAGUUAUCUGAUGAUGAUGACGACAACCUUGAUGAUAUUGUAGAUCAGCUUGGGGAUACGCAACGUGACUCUGAUGAUGAAGAGAAAGAAAGAGAUGAAGAUGAAGAACACGAAGACCGGGUCAUCCGUGGAGCAGACAUCAACGAGGAUGGUGAUCUCAUCCAGAGAGAUGACGACGAGGAGAAAGAACCAGAGGAGAUACCAGAGACGAGGAUUGAGGUAGAGCUGCCCAAACUUGGAGUAGACCUGGGAGAAGAGUAUCACUUUGCAAAGCUUCCUAACUUUCUCAGUGUGGAAACAAGACCAUUUGACCCUCAGUUUUAUGAGGAUGAAGUCCAUGCUGAUGAAGAUGAGGUUUUAGAUGAAGAAGGAAGAACAAGGCUUAAACUUAAGGUGGAGAAUACAAUCAGAUGGAGAAAAGUUUUUGAUGAGGAAGGAAAUGAGAUUGGCAAAGAGAGCAAUGCAAGAAUAGUCAGGUGGUCUGAUGGAAGUUUGUCUCUUCAUCUUGGUCAAGAAGUAUUUGAUGUUUACAAGAUGACCCAACAAGGCGACUUCAACCAUUUCUUCAUCCGUCAAGGCACUGGUCUUCAAGGACUAGCUGUAUUCAGAACAAAGCUAUCAUUCAGACCACACUCUACAGACAGUGCUACUCACAGGAAGAUGACCCUAUCCAUGGCAGACCGAUGCUCCAAGACUCAGAAGAUCAAAGUGGUUCCCAUUGCUGGUAAAGACCCAGAGGCACAGAGGGGUGAAAUGAUCAAGAGAGAGGAGGAGAGAUUACGAGCAUCACUGAGGAGACAGAAUCAACAGAGAAGGAUACGAGAGAGAUCUCACCAGCGAGGUCUCAGUGCAGGCUACCUGGAGCCUGACAGAGAGGAUGGUUUUGAGGAGGAAGAUGAUACAGCCAUCAGUCUCUCAGCAAUCAAAAAGAACUUCAAGAGCAGUCUCGCCAAAGUUCAAGACCAUGGCCUGUAUUCAUCAGAUGAAGAGGAGGUUGACAGAGCAGAGAAGCUUUCUAGGGUCAAGGCACUUUACAGUGACAGCGAUGAGGAUUCCGAUGAAGGCAAGAAGCGAAAAAUAGACGACUCUGAGGAUGAGGACCGUGAUGAGGGGUCAUCAACAAAGAAGAAGAAAAGGGUAGCAGUAUUAUCAGAUGACGAUGAUAGUGACUGAGAUGCAGUGCAUGAAAUUAAUUAGGAUAUAAGAACUAAUUUUGUAUACUUGAGCAUUUCUCAGACAGCUUCUCCAGUUGUUUAUUGGAUUCCUGCUUUCAUGGACCUCACUAAAAAAGGCGGGGUGUAAUUCCCCUUCCAAUCACUUGUAGUGUGACAACAGAUUGAGAUGCUCAGUUUUCAUUUCAACCCUUCAGCCCAAUGAAUUUUAUAACCAUAUCUUUUUCAUCAAAUUAAUCUGAUUAUAACUAUUGCUCAUUUCAUAGUACCAUUAUUUAAUUUGUGUAUUAAAGGGGAAGUCCAACUUGAUUUAAGUUGUUUUUGAUGACAGUUGGACAAAAAAAAUCCAUUGACAAAUAAGAGUUUUUAUUUUUGGAGAUGCCACAUGCAAGGACCUGCCCCAAAAUGUUGUGUAAUACAAAUGUCAU